UGUAGUUCGCUAUGGAGGCGGCUCGUAAAGCACUGACUGUAGUUGCAGUGCUAGGCUCGGGAGCUGGUGUGGGUUCUAUUCUGUUUGCUUUAGUGACCCCAGGAGAACUACAGAAGCAGUUAAUGCUGCAGGAGAUGCCGGAAAGGGACUCGAGGCGCAGGGAUGCAGCAGUCAGGACCAAGGAACUGGUGAUGGCUACCCUGAAGGAUGCCGCAGCCACGAAGGAGAACGUGGCCUGGAGGAGGAACUGGACAGUUAGAGGCGACGGCAGGUCAGCAUGACACCAGAGCUUGCCCAUGGUCGUGGGAAUCUGUAAGGCACCUUUCUUGGUGCUCUGGACAUGAAGUCGGGAUUCAGGAGACAUACCAGGACUCUCUCAAAGGCACAGGGAGCUGCUGUUGGGGGAAUGAGUUUAAUGAGCACAUCGAGUGACAGGGUCGGAUGUGUGGAACCAAAGGAACUAAUAA